AUGUCUACUAUAAACAAGAAAGAAAUAAAACCGGCCACCACUUGGAGAUUAGAAAAAGUCAAACAAAGAGCGUUAUUAGCCCAGCAGAAAAAACAACAACAACAACAACAACAACAACAACAAGAAAACUCUGCCAAUAAUAAUACGAAAUACCACCACAACCACCACCACCAAUACCAAGGAUCAUUAUCAUCACAGCACUCCGAUACUCCAGUCGACAUCAUCGACAAUCCUCACACAAGAGAGUCGACCCAUAGUCUUGGCAGGUUGAUUCCUGCUUCUUCAUCGACCACCGCCGGUCUUCUACUGGAUGAUUUAACCAAAACUCGCCAUGAAUCGACUUAUUCGGCGUACAGUGACGCCUCGGACAGAUUCAGUUUUGAUCAACGCAGUAAUCUGAGAAUCGAACUACAACAAAUUUCCCCGGCUUCCAGCACUUCAAAUAAUAGUAAUAUCAAAACCAGUGAUUUACGGGUCGAGCCACUUCUUCCUAGAAACGCCUCGGUUUCCAAAUGA